AUGUCCCCAACAAGACACAAUGACACCAACCCCUCCCCCCUCCAAUUCAACAUCCAAACCGAACCCAUCCAGCGCCACGCCCAAAACCACACUUCCCCAGUCCCACUAAACAUGAACAUGAAUAUGAACAUGAACCUAAACACAACAACCUUCGCACCAAACUUCAACACCCCCUCUUCACCAAGCUCACCAUCCCGCAAACCUAAAUACGAAGCACGCUACGCCUCAACCAUCGCAAACCCACUCAAGAAACCCGGUCUCGCGCGCUCCCGGACCCGCAAAAUGUUCCUUAAUCGCGUGCGCAAUGAUCGCGACGAAGGCCGCUUCGAGGCGCGCGGUGAACAGAUGAUGCAUAUGGAACAUCUUGCUGAUCGGAGGCGCUGGGAAGAGUCUAUGGCGCGAGAGGGUGAGGUUGCUGAGUAUGGGAUUGAGGAUGAGGAGGAUGAUAUGCUUCCUGAUGAUGCGGAUGCGCUUGAUGAGUUCUUGUCACAGGAGGAGGCCAUGGAGAUGGCUUUGAGGGAAUCGCAGGCGCAGGCGCAAGCGCAAUCACAACCAUGUGCGCAGUCUGGGUUCGGGCGUGUUGAUCAAUUGCGAAAUGGGAAUGAUGUUCCGUUUAGUGAUGAUGAUUAUGAUGAUAUAUUUAUGGGGCUGCAGGAGCAGUCUCAGGAUAUGGAUAUGUCGUGA